UUCAGUCAUGGCACUGAGGCCGCCGGGCUGAUCACAUACGCUCCUCCCGGCUGUCUCUACCUGCAGGCUGCAGCUCGUUGUUUUUUUCCCCCGUAUGCGCCUGUGCGCACCACGUGACCACGCAGUUGACGGAAAGAUGGAAAGUAGAAAGAGCAAGGGUGGCGCGGAGAAGGCAAGAAUUAAAAAGAGGAAAGCGCUGGAAACAGAUGCAGAUAAAUGUGCAAAAAUGAGCACCUUUUUUUUCUCAAACAAGCUCGCGGUCUUUAACUUCAAAUGAAGAUAAAACGGCCCCUCAGAGUCAAACACAAGAUCCAGUAGGCCUAAUAAGCACCAGGCAGAAACCCACCAUUCCAGAACGGGCAUGUACAGGUAGGAUUACUUAUUGAGUCAGUGAACUGAAUAUUAUUAAAAUUUAUAUGAUGAAAACUAUCCUGACUCUAUAUGAAAGUGUUCUAAAAUACUAGAUGAUUCAGCAUUGAUCAGAAAGUGUGUAAAAAAGGAAAAUGAAUGCUGAAUUGUGACCAUUUUCACACAAUGUAGUGUCAGAAGAAGAGCCAGGAGCCAGCAGUGAGGGUAUUGCUCCUGUUGGGAUAGAAAGUGAGCCAACUCAUGUGCAAACAAGCAAACAUCAGUUUCAUUAUAAUAAUUUUAAUGUCCAAAUAAUAGUAGUGACCUGAUGUAUUUUUAUUAGUAAAUGCACAAAGCCCACAACAGAUCGCUAUUAGAAUGAAAGUAAAAUGAAAUAAGCCUGCAUAUUUUGCCAUAGAAAAUAUUUUAAUUGGUUACAAAAAAUGUGAUUUCCAUAUCAAAUUUGCUAAAGCUUUACAGAUGAUUAUUUUAAUUGUGUGCAGGUGAGUCUAGGGAAACUGGAAAAAGUGUGAAAGGGAGUGCUGAGUCAUUUCAUUUUAAAGGUUUGAAAAUCUCAGAACAGCUGUUUGAACAGAAGGUGGAUUGUUAUAUUGUUAGAGAAUGUGUUGUAAAGAACAAUGUUGGAGAUGUGCACUGAUGUUCAAAUAUGCAUUGUAAAGCAACUCUUUCUUGCACUGAAUUACAAGGCUUUACCGAGUAGUGUGCUUUUGUAGACUAUACAUAUAAAGUUCUAACAUGAUUUUAAUAAUAAUUCGUUAAGUGGGCCGGUCUGGGGUCUGAAACUCCAGGGCUGAAAAUGUGUCCCACUCCGGCCCUGGUUGGGGAUGCUGGUCACGGCUUCUGCACUGGUGCCUCUCGGGCUGCUCCACCUUCGGCCCUUGCAGAGGUGGUUCAACGGCUUCCGCCUGGAUCCCCGGUGACACCGACGGGUCGAGCUGGAGGUCACGAGCAGCUGUGUGGCUCUUUUGCGUCGUUGGGACGAUGUCGCCUACCUGUGUCUCGGUGUCCCGCUUGGCGUGGUCCCCGCCAGACGGGAGGUGGUCACGACGGAUGCGUCACCCCGGGGGUGGGGGUGCAUUGGCAGUGCAGGUCGGUCCAGGGAUUGUGGAGCCCCCGUCAGGCACGGCUUCACAUCAAUGUCCUGGAAUUGAAGACCGUCUACUUGGCGCUGAGGCGCUUCUUGCCUUUUCUGCGAGACAAGCAUGUGCUUGUCUGGACGGACAGCACCUCGGCGGUGUUCCACAUAAACCAUCAGGAGGGCUCCAGGUCAUUGCGAUCGUUGAGGGAGGCUCAGACGCUGUUGACCUGGGCUUACCCUUGCUUGGCCUCCAUCAGGGCGCUGCACCUUCCGGGGUGGAGGAACUCGGUGGCGGAUUGCCUGUCUCGGCGGGGUCUUCCCUCGGGGGAAUGGAGGUUGCACCCUCAGGUGGUGCAGAGGGUGUGGCAUCAGUUCGGAGAGGCCCAGGUGGAUCUGUUCGCCUCGAGGAGCAGCAAGCAUUGCCCCUUGUGGUUUUCCCUGGCAGAGGCCGACGCCCCGCUGGGGAUGGACGCCCUCGCCAAUGUCUGGCCGUUGGUUCGGCUGUACGCUUUCCCACCUUUCCCGUUGAUCUUACCGACCCUCCAUUGGGUGAGGGACUCGUCACACGAGGUCCUUCUGGUGGCCAGACCGGCCCAUGAGGGUCUGGUUUCCAUUGCUUCUCAGUCUGUUGAACGGGGAGCCGUGGCGGUUGCCGGUGAGGCGGGACCUCCUGUCUCAGAUGGAGGGGAGGAUUUGGCAUCCGUCCCCAGAUCAUCUUCGGCUCACGGUUUGGCCAUUGAGGGGUGCAGGCAGCCCCCAGUCGGCUUAGAGCCCUCAAUCCAGCAGGUGCUGGAUAGUGCCAGGGCUCCGUCUACAAGGGCCUCGUACGCUCGCUGCUGGCAGCGGUUCUCUGCCUGGUGUUCCUUCAGGGACGUGGACCCUGGUUCUUGUUCCCUGCAUGAGGUUCUGCGGUACCUCAGGCACCGGUUUGACAAGGGCCGGACUGCCUCGACCCUUAAGGUACACCUAGCGGCUAUUUCGGCCAACCACCUCUUAGUGGAUGGCAGGAGCGUUGGGGCUCACUAUUCGGUGACCCAGUUUCUGCGGGGCGUAAGAAGGUUGCGUCCUCCCUUGUGCAGGCCGGCACCUGCUCGGGACCUUCCCCUGGUCCUGCAGGCCCUGUGUGGGCCACCCUUUGAGCCGAUGACUACCGCCCCGUUGGAAGUGGUGUCUGUGAAAACCGCCUUUCUUUUGGCAGUGACAACGGCUAAACGGGUCAGUGAGCUGCACGCACUGGACAUCAGCCCCGCCUACCUGCGGUGGAAGGCAGAUGGGUCGGGGGUGACGCUGUGGCCCAACGUUGCCUUUCUUCCCAAAGUUCUGCCCUCUGGCUACGUAAAUGCCGCAAUCGAGCUGGGGGCAUAUUUCCCUCCCCCAUUUCAUUCGGAGGGACAACGGCGGGCGAAUUUGCUGUGCCCGGUUCGGGCACUGCAGCUCUAUAUUGUGGCCACAAACACUGUCCAGCUGUUUGUCUGUCACGGAGGAGUGAACAGGGGUCGAGCCCUUUCGAAGCAGAGGCUGUCGCAUUGGGUCGUGGAUGCCAUUGCGAUGGCUUAUGCGGCAGUGGGUGCAGUGGCUCCCCCUGGGAUCGUGUGCCAUUCCACCAGGAGUGUUACUACAUCCUGGGCGGCGAUGAAAGGCGUGCCACUGGUGAGGAGAUACAUCUACUCUGUUUACUGCCACUGGCAGUCAUCCAGGAACUCACAGAACCAUAGUUACACCGUAACUUCCGUUACAUUUCAGCGGCUGCCUAGAGCUGCUUUGCCUUUUGUAGUGGGUCUGAAGACCACAGACCUAUAUACACUCUAUAUCUGGGUAGUUUUAUGCCUUACGGUCUUUGUGUCCUUAUGUAAUCCAUCAUAA